UAGUUAUUCCUUUUAAAGAAUAACAGACAGACUUUAUUUUGAUAAAAACAAAAGAGAACAGUUAAAACAGUAAAUUCAACUGUCAUUCAUCCUGUCGACCCUUCUCUUUUAAAACUCUUAUCAAUUUUCACAUCCAAUAAUUUCAUCAAUCCUGAGCUCAUUAUUGCCACCACCAUUAUUAGUAUCGUAGUUUCUAGGGUUUUUUCAGAUCAAAUUCGUGUUCACAAUCACCUAAUUUUUUCAAAUUAAUCCCAGAAAACUUCUCCCCAUUUUCCAGAUUACGCAAAAUAAUGGAAGAGAAAGAAAUUGGAGUCGAAGAGGAAUCUCCCACUUCUUCUGCAACUCCCAAUUUCCGACUAAUUAAUGAAAUGGAGCUUCUGGAAUUCAAAGACAAGUAUGUGAUCAGAGCCGUUAAUUCUCCAAAUCAAGGGUUUUCUGCUAGUCGACUUGAUGGUGAUAUUCAACCACUUUCCAGUAAUGAUGUUUUGGGAAGUCCGGGCAAAGCCACUAAAAUAUGUGGUGUAGUUGGGACUAUUCAACUGGUUUCAGGAAUGUACAUACUAGUAAUAACAUCCUCCAAGGAAGUGGGGAAGUAUCAUGGUUUCCCUAUUUUGCGAGUAGAAUCUAUGAAAUAUUUGCCCUGUAAUCAAGCCUUAGAGAAAUUAGGUGUUCAGGAAAAAAAAGAUGAAGCAUACUUCAGGAAUUUGUUGAGAGUUGUGGAAUCUACUCCUGGAUUAUAUUAUUCCUAUGAAACAGAUAUAACUGUGAACUUGCAGAGAAGGCUACAGCUGUCAGAAGGGUGGAUGAGCAGUCCAAUUUGGAAGCAGGCUGACCCGCGAUUUGUUUGGAACAGAGCUCUUUUGGAUGAGCUUAUUGAGUGUAAGCUUGAUGAGUUCAUUAUGCCACUGGUGCAAGGAAGCUUUCAGACUGCAGAGGUUACAUUAAAAAAUGCACCUGUUACCAUUACGUUGAUAUCAAGAAGAUGCACAAGACGGCUAGGAACCAGAAUGUGGAGAAGGGGAGCUAACCUGCAGGGAGAUGCUGCUAACUUUAUUGAAACCGAGCAGUUGCUGGAAUCAAAGAAUUUCAAGUCCUCUUUUUUGCAGGUUCGGGGUUCGAUUCCACUUCUAUGGGAACAAAUUGUUGAUUUGAGCUAUAAACCUCGAUUGAACAUCAUCAACCAUCAAGAUACGUCACACGUAGUGGAGCGUCAUUUCCAUGAUCUAUCACAAAGAUAUGGGGAGAUAUUGGCGCUUGACCUAACUGAUGAAUAUGGUGAUGAAGGAAAACUCAGCAAUGCAUAUGCUGCUGAGAUGGAAAAGCUACCUAGUGUGAGAUACAUUCCCUUUCGCUUCCACAGCAUUUGUGGCAAAUCAAAUUUUGAUAACCUGCACUUGCUGUAUGAUGAAAUUUCCGACGACAUUGGAAAGCAAGGAUACUUCCUCGUAGACUCUGAAGGGCAUAUGCUGGAAGAACAGAAGGGAGUUAUCAGAUCUAACUGCAUUGAUUGCCUCGAUCGAACAAAUGUUACCCAGAGUUACCUAGCUCGGAAAUCAUUGGAUUUACAGUUGCAGAGGGUUGGCAUAUUUACUCUUGAAGAUACCAUUUCAAUCUGUCAUGAAGAAUAUGACAAGUUUAAAAUCUUGUGGGUUGAGCAAGGGGAUGAGUUAAGCUUAGAAUAUACUGGUACCCAUGCUCUCAAGAGAGACCUUGUAAGAUACGGAAAGCAGACUUUUGGAGGACUUAUUACAGAUGGUAUGAGUGCACUUUCAAGAUAUUAUUUGAAUAAUUUUCAAGAUGGUGUUAGACAGGAUGCAAUCGAUCUUAUCAGUGGCCGCUACUCAGUUGACCGGAAUAAUCCAUCACCCUUUCAACUUAAUGCUUUCGAAUCACUUUCAUAUCUUCCAGUGGCUUCAGCGUUGUUGAUUGGGGGCUUGACAAUGACGUCAUUUUCGCUAAACCAAGUUGGCCGGAAUGCUCAGCAGUUUAUGUCCUCUGUUCUCUGGGCUGGUGUGACUGCUGGCGUCAUGGCAUUGGUCAAAGCUAAUGGAAGGCAAUUCUGCUCUAGGCCUCGCCUCUGUGGCCUUAUAUGAAAACCUUCCAACAAAGUUCAAAGUGGAUUUAUUGCCAAAUAAGUUUUGUACAUCAGUGUAUAUUCUAUUUAAUGAAACUUCAUAAAUAGAUUAAUACAGCAAUCUCCUGGUUUAUGUUGUAACUUGCUUUUGCCUUUUGAUUCUUCUUCGCUAACUCAGGAGUCAGGGAGUUGACAGUGUUCUACAUGACCUUUCAGAGUAAUGGAGCUUGAAGAGACCUUUUUGAGCUUUCUCUCAAAUUUUAGAGCUUAGGGCAAAAAGUGUUAGUAUUUAGUCAAUUGUUGUAAUAACUCUACAGUUUCUAGUGUUUAUUGUUUAUCCUGGAAUUGACAUAAUUAUGUGACAGUUCUUUGGAGCUGUUUGUCUAAAUAACCUCCAAUUAAAUUUAUCAAAUUAUAAGUUAUCCGAAGUAAUUAGUUUUGAGA